ACUCGCAGCGACCAGGAAAUAGUAACGCGUCUCACGAGCCCCUGUCAGUGAGUUCUGGAAGUUCGCGAAAGAAGGACUGAGGUAUAAGCGGACCAACAAAAUAUCGGCGAGCAUUCGUCGUGCAGAGUUGAAUCGCGGAGGUGAGUGAAUAAUUCUCUAACGACAUCAGUGUCCCUGUUUCAUCGAGGAAAGAGUGUACGUGCCUUCCGUGGGGUAGCCUCAAGCGAUCCGCAGCCUAAAUUCGCCAAAGAAAAAGGGAGAUAAGAGGAGUGAUGUUUGUGCCCAACCUACUGUCUCUGCUUCUGCACACGGUGCAUUUCAUCCUCCGGCCUAUUUACGCGCUCAUUUACAUCAGGAAACAGCCUAAAAUACCCCCUGUCAAGAACCCUUUGCUGAAAAUCAGCGCCAGCAAUUUGGCCAAGAAGAUCAGAGAUGGAGAAAUUUCCAGCCAGAGCGUGGUAGAAGCAUACGUGGAACGAAUCAAGGAAGUGAAUCCUUUUCUGAACGCAGUCGUGGAGGACCGGUUUGUGGCGGCUAUAAACGAGGCAAAGAUGUGCGACGCGAAACUGAAAACGGGCGAAGCUACAGCUAUUUCACUGGAAAAGGAGAAACCGCUUUUUGGAGUGCCGAUAACAGUGAAGGAAAGCUGUUCCCUGAAAGGAAUGAGUUUCACUGGCGGUCACGUACCGAGGGAAGGUGUGAAAGCUUCGGAAGACGGAUUAGCUACAGAAGUACUAAGAAACUCUGGUGCUAUUCCUUUAUGCGUCACCAAUACACCUGAGCUAUGCUCAGGAUUACACGCGACGAAUUUCCUUUUUGGAACGACCAGGAAUCCGUACGAUACCAGGAAGUCGCCUGGAGGAUCGUCUGGGGGAGAGGGGGCGUUAAUCGGCGCUGGGGCGUCCGUUCUUGGGAUUGGCUCGGAUUUCAUUGGCUCCAUAAGAAUACCAUGUCUCUUCAAUGGCAUUUUUGGCCAUAAACCUACUCCAGGCAUUGUCCCCACGAAGGGUCACUUGCCCAUGUCGAAUGACCCCGUUUUCCAAAAGCUGCUGGUGUGUGGGCCAAUGGCGCGAUACGCGGAGGACCUUCACCUGGCAAUGAAAUUAUUGAGUUCAGGGUGCGACACGCCGUUGAGACUCGACGAGCCAGUAGACGUGAAAACUCUCAGGGUCUUUUACCUGGACACUGUCAACACUUUAUGCGGUACAAAAUCAACUACGUCAGACAUAAGACGAGCAAUUAAAGAAGCGACACAUUACUUCGCGGAGAACGGUGCACACGUUGAACACGUGUCACAGGACUGGCUGAGCGACAUCUUCACCUUCGUACUGGCCUUGUGCGGAGAAAUUGAACUGCCCGAUGAAUACUCAGACGCCAAACACCCCGAGGACAAGAAAAAUGGACUCGUCGAACUGAUAAAGUCUACGUUCGGUUUGUCCACCUACACUUCGCAGUUCGCCCUGAUACGAGCAGUGACGCAGAUGCAUGGAUUCGUUCCUGUUUCGAAAUUCGAACACUUUAAGACACUUAGAGAGGACAUGCGCGUCAGAUUCAACAAUCUGCUUGGCAGCGAUGGGGUGUUCAUAUGUCCCACGUUUGCCCAAACGACCACCUAUCCCGGAUUGAUGUUCUUUAAGAUCGAUUGCAGUAUUUAUACCGCGUUUAGUAAUAUUAUGCACUUGCCAUCGACUCACGUCCCGAUGGGGUUGAACAGCGAUGGCGUACCGAUUGGAUUUCAGGUAAUGGCUGGUUCCCACCAGGACCGUCUUUGCUUGGCAGUCGCGAGGGAACUAGAAAAGGCCUUCGGUGGCUGGGUACCACCUCUCAGCUAAAUAUUUAUACAUUAUUUAUAUUUAUCGUUCCGUUUCUAUCACAGAUAUGGAAUAUGUAUUUAACAUUAAUCAUUUGUAUUAUUUGAUCUCUUGUACCUGCAUAGGCGCAUUUAUAAUUUAAAUUUACCUGCGAGUGUAUUGCUUGUACACGUUUUUCCUUAAUUACUAUUGUCAGUAUAAACUAUCGUCGAUACCCUGUCAGACAAAA